AUGAGAAAGCGACUCCAAAAGAAAUCUAAGUCCGAGCCUAAGUAUAAAGUAUGUGACGCCAAUGGAAACUUAUUAGUCCGUUGUCUUGUGUGUAUAGAAGGCAUAGAGCCCGGCAUUGCACGCGGUAUCAUCGAUUGCGGCCACGAUCAAUUUUGCUUUGCCUGUAUCAAAGAUUGGGCUAAUGUCACUAAUAAAUGCCCGCUUUGCAAUUUACGGUUCUACACAAUAAAAGAGCUAAAUGGUCAGCAAACAAUUUCAAUCGAAGAUAAAGACCAAAAGAAGCCUGAAGUAAACGAUCCAUUUCUUAUUGAAGUGAGAUGCAUAAAGUGCGGGUCUGACCUUGAUGAAGAUAUUAUGCUUCUUUGUGACGAGUGCGACAAUGGAUUUCAUACAACCUGCAUUGGACUGAAGCAGAUACCUGAAUUAGACGAAUGGUUCUGUGAUGAGUGUAUAAUAGAAAAACCAUUAGAAAUCCAAGAAAAUCAAAAAUUAGCGAUGAUUAAAGCGGGAAGGGAAGAGGAAAAAGAAGUUAUUGAGCAGGAGCCGAAGAAAAGGAAAAGGCUUAGAAAAUUAGGAGACCAAAUUAAGAAAAACCAAAAGCGUAGAACUAGUUCAUCUAUGGAAAAUGUGGAAAUUUGCUUGAAUUAA